AUGCGUUCUUGUGAGACAAGUGGAGGAAAAUCAACACUUGUCAAUCGACUGGUCGGUAGAAAAAUAUUCAAGCCUAGUAUCGACGAGUCAACUGCAACAAUUUGUAGAAUUCGUAAUUCUAACGAUCCUAAGAAAAUAUCAUGCAAAGUUGUAGGAAAAAAUGAUCAAGUAAUAGACGAAAGGAGUUUUGAAUCCGGACAAGACGAGAAGAUAAGGAAAUUCACUGAGGAGAAUGUCGACAAAAAUGCACAGCUUGCAUCAAUGGAAAUUGAUCACGUUGAUGUCGGUCUUUAUUUUCCUUUCCUGAAGGGAAAUACUCUGAUUGUUGAUACACCUGGAAUUGGUGGGAGUCGGGAGCUCUCAGACAAAAUGAUGAAGUAUCUACCCAAUGCGGUUGCUUUCAUAUUUGUCUCCAAUGUUGCAAACGCUGGUGGGGUGCAGAGAGAUAGGCUCGUCAAAAUUAUUCAAGAAGUGGUGCGGCUUCAUGAUGAAAAGGAUAUCACUUGUUUAGAUCCAAGGAAUGCCUUAUUUAUCUCAAACAAAUGGGAUGCGGUACCGCAAGACGAAAGGGAUGAAGGAUGGAGCAAAGUUCAAAGGGAGUUAAAAAAGCACUGGCCACAUUUGACUUCUGAAAAUAUUUUCAGAACAAGCCUUAUGAGUACUAAAGAUAAGGAACCAGACUUUGAUGCAGAAUUUGAACGAUUCAAAGAAAGACUCGCUAAAGUCGUUGAAAGAAGUCAAUAUACUCGCCAAAUUAAACAUUUAACGAGUCCUUGUCACAUCAAGUAA